AUGGUAUCAAAGUCCGCAGAACGGAGGUUCGAGGUAAAGGAACCCAGGACAAGUUGGCAGGACAACACUAACUAUGCAAUUACCAGUCAGUCAAAGAGGCUUAUCGAAGAAGCGUUCGACGAGGCGAAAGCCAAAUUUGCAUCUGACCUCACUCAAGACGAUCGAAAAGCCGAAAUUGCGUCCUCGGCGACGUCGUUACAGGAUGUACAGGCUACAGUCUCCGAGUCGAUGACAAAGUAUCUGUCCCAACGAAAGGAGUCCAAGGCAUGGAGAUGGUUAGAACGGCUCUCGCAUCGAAUCCACUUCUACGGUAGCGUCCUCGACGUUUUUGCCCAACACCAUCCGGAAUAUGUUGCUCUAGUAUGGGGCUCGAUCAAGUUUCUCAUAGUGGCUGUUGAAAACCACGGGAAAGUGAUUGCUACACUAGCGAAAGCGAUAUCUCAGAUCGCAGAUACGCUUCCGCGCAUCGAACUGGCCUCCAACUUAUAUCCUACGGACCGAAUGAGAGCGGCUGUCACAGAUCUCUAUGUCUAUAUCUUGAGAUUCCUCAUCCGAGCACGGGACUGGUACGAAGAAGGAAAACUCUACCACUUCCUUCAUAGUAUCACGAGACCAGAGGAGCUCCGCUACAAAGAUCUCCUGGAGCAAAUAUCACAAAGCUCUCGCAUCAUCAACCAACUAGCAGUGUCAGGCCAGCAAGCUGAAUUCAGAGACAUUCACGACAAAAUUAACAAGACGAGCGCCAUGGUGGAGAAAAUAAGUAACGCAGUGACUUUGCAUUCGGGUGCGCUAAUCGACACUAACGACCGUCUAUCAGACCUGCAAUUCUCCCAAAUCAUGAUGUCACUAUCAGACGUGUCUAUCUGGGAUCCUACGAAAGUAUAUAAAUAUCACCACUCUCUUAAGCAGCGGCGAUCUCACACCGCAGCGGUUCGCUCGGUACCCAACAGCUUCUGGCAGUCGCCAAAGUUGCAUCGCUGGUCAUCUACUGACGACUCGGCCUUAUCAAUCAUUGUCGGGAACUAUCACGCCCGUUUCGUCAUGAGGAAUCUAUGCAUCGAUGUCAUAGAGCAACUUCACGACGCAAAAGUGCCAGUCUUGCUAGCCAUGAGAGUACCGCAGGAGAACGGUUCAUCAGCAAACAUUUCAUCAAACGACCUGCUGAAAUAUCUCGUACGACAAGCCAUUCAAAUUCGACACAAGCUUCAGACAGAGAAGUCAAUGGCCAUGAAGUGUGCUACAUUCCAUGGCGCCUCGACAGAAACAGAGUGGUUUCAAGUCUUGGAAGCCGUACUUGCAGAUAUUGGUAGCCAAGUUUAUAUCAUUGUGGACCUGGAGAUGCUGAAUAGAGACCUUGGACCUGUUGACGGAUUCUCUUGGGUACUCGCAUUCGAACACUUCUUCAAUGAACUCCUGGUCCGGGGACUAUCAACGCAAGUCAAAGUCCUUUUGGUCAGUUAUAGUUCACUUCCUUUCCAGUUAUCGGCUGCGGAUCGUUCAAAAUUCGUUACUACGGCAAAGACGCAGCUUACGACAGCUCGUCAACGGAAGGCUGGUAGAGGUGUGAGGUUGCCACAACUACCCUUUCGACUGAAAAAUAUACCAGGAUCUCCUGCUAAAAAUUCCCAAGAAAGAGGACCCAGACGUCGACCAUAA